UAUCUAUUGUAGAAACAAAGUUGUACAAAUGCGGAGGAAAGGAGACCUACCAUUGAGACCAAUAUGACGCACUGACUUCGAGCCCACAUAGGCGCCGGCCACGUGCCUCAAGCGUGCUCACCUUCUUUACCGGGUUUUAUUUAGGCCAAUAGGUGUUUGCCAUUCAACAGAUAGCUUGAGGCGUCAGGCCCUUCGAGAAAAUGCGGGUCACGGUGGCCUUAUUAUCUUUCUUCUUCCUGGCUUCAUGGCUGGGAGUUACCGAAUCAACGAAAAGCGUUGUUGUUCCUCGGUAUGACUGUUAUGUGGACACCUCCAGUUCCCUCCAGCCCGGGGAGACCGCCGCGAGGGACCCCUCAGAAGACGAUGCCACCUAUUACAAUCGAAUUGGUGAAUACUGCUACGUGACACUUCCGUGGUGUUACGGUUUCGACCUUUCCGGAAACUUGUACGGUAGUGAGAUAUGGGACAGCACCAACUCGUUUGUGUACAGCGCAGGACAAGUGCUGUACAUCGGAAGACCGGAUGGGGGUACUCCAGCAAGCUGUGGGUAUGACCCACCUUCCCCACCCUCACCAUCACGGUCGCCACCACGUUCUCCUCCACCCUCGCCUCCCCCCUCUCCACCGCCCUCACCACCACCUUCUCCUCCACCCUCGCCUCCCCCCUCUCCACCGCCCUCACCACCACCUUCUCCUCCACCCUCGCCUCCCCCCUCUCCACCGCCCUCACCACCACCUUCUCCUCCACCCUCGCCUCCCCCCUCUCCACCGCCCUCACCACCACCUUCUCCACCCUCGCCUCCCCCCUCUCCACCACCCUCACCACCACCUUCUCCUCCACCCUCGCCUCCCCCCUCUCCACCGCCCUCACCACCACCUUCUCCACUCUCGCCUCCCCCCUCUCCACCGCCCUCACCACCACCUUCUCCACCCUCGCCUCCCCCCUCUCCACCGCCCUCACCACCACCUUCUCCACCCUCGCCUCCCCCCUCUCCACCGCCCUCACCACCACCUUCUCCACCCUCGCCUCCCCCCUCUCCACCGCCCUCACCACCACCUUCUCCUCCACCCUCGCCCCCCCCCCUCUCCACCACCCUCACCACCCCCGUCUCCCCCGCCUCCUUCUCCAAGCCCGCCACCCCCACCACCGCCACCCCGUGCCAUCCGCAGUCCGGCUCUCCCUCCUUCCCAGCCCCCAACACCACCACCAAUCCCCAGCCCUACCCCUCAACCCCUUCCUUUACCACCACCACCACCUCACAGCCUGCCAACCCCCAGCAGCCCAACCUCACCAGAGCCCCACCCGAGCCCCCCUUCGCCCCGGCCUCCAACACUCAGCAGCCCACAACCGCCAAUUCCUGCACCUCCCUCACCCCCUUCACCACCAUCCCCUUCACCACCUCCCCCUUCACCACCACCCCCAUCACCACCACCCCCUUCACCACCACCCCCAUCACCACUCCCACCAUCGUCACCUCGACCGCCCUCACCUCCACACCCCUCACCGCCACCGCCCCCUCCGGUCGUAUACUGGGCCACCUCAGCCUCAGGCCCCAAUUCCCAGCUGGAGACAGGGACCUCAUCUGCGGGCCUCAUUGUUGGGGCUCCGGAGCUAAAGUUUCGGACCCCACCCAAGGCCUGCAAACCAGCGGCUGAUGUCAGCUGGUUGCCAACGAAAAUGGCCCCCCGCUUCGUGGUGGCCUACUUCAACCAGACCCCCGCUGCCCAGGGCGGUCGGGUGGCGUCUGUGGUGCUCUACGUCACCAACCGCGGCACCCUCAACCCCGCCAUUGCCUCCAUCGACCUGCUGCUCCGGAAGCAAGGGGUGGUGACGGGGGGCACCAACAGCAGCCAGGAGCAGUGGGUGACCCUUUACAGAGGCAGUACAGGCCAGGUGCUGACGUGUCCGGGACUCAACUACUUUGCCGUAUCUGCUGCAACGGCUGCCACUACCCUGCAACCGUCUGAUGCUGCCACUGCGAUGACGUCAGCGGAUGAGUUCAACACGGCGGUUGUGGUUGCCGUACGAGUCAACGUCAACGGCGCAACCGUUUCCACAAAGUCACAUUUGCCGCAUCUGGCAGCAGUUGGGCUGCAGCUUUCGUGAUGAGAGGGGAUAGCCUUUUCCUUAUCUGCCGUGUGCGUGCGCAAGUGCGAGAGUUUCUCUUUGGGGUAAUAAGUUGUUCGUUUUAGCCUUGCUACAGGUUAUCCUAAUUAAAACCUCUUAUGUACUGCAAAUUAACACCUCUUAUGAACUGCGAACAUUGAUGCUGCGUGAAGCGGCAAUGCAGGUUGUUCAGGGUUACCUUGCUUUACUUCGUGUUCGCAUUCGAUUCCGAGGGUAUUGUUCAAUCGCUGCUAGAGCGAUAGAGUUUGGAGCUGGACAACCGCUCACCAGCCAUCGGUUACUUCAUUCAGGUUGUUGUCUACGGGAGGAGGCUCCUAAUUCCUGACAAUUUUCUGCUCGCUCCACGUUUUGUGACCCAUGGGACUGCUCGUUGCCAUCACGUCUACGUAAUUCUGUACAAUGACAGGAAACGUACAGAACUUGUUUCCCCACGAUUAACAACACUUUGUACUGUUUUUCGUUUAAAAGGGACUGCUCGUUGUCAUGGCUGCUUACUGCUUACUGCUUACUGAUUUCGAUUGUUCCUCAAUUUACACCAGAAAUCGGAUAGCUAGGACUUGCUUCCCACAUUAACUUUACUAUUAACCAACACUUGAACGACACUUUGAACUACUGUUGUGUUUCGUUUAUAGGGUUGCAAAGUACUGCUGCUGUAUGUGUGAAGCGGUAAUGCAGCUUUGACAGGUGCAAUUGGUUUAUUCGUAACUGGUUUGCUUGUUGGUACUUGCUGCGACGCCUGGUCGAAGUCUUUUUUGGCUGGAGACUAGAAAAAUCUUUUGAUCAUGUCGUGUAUACCGGUAUGACUGUGUGGAUGUGUCCGGGUUUGGAGCUGUAGCUUUGUUGCUCUGGAUGGGUGUGGUUGGUUCGUGGUUACACUCUGUACGGCAUACUUGACAUCUGUGUCGUAAAGCCGUGAAUGUGUCGCACAGCCCCUAGUGGCUUUAUUUGCUAGCAACAGUUAGUUAUUGGCACGGCUAUGGUACGUAAUCUUGCCCUAGACGUGCAGGCUGUACAAGGUGAGACAUGUGGGCUGUAUGUCGGGGUUCAUUGUACGGU